AUGGAGGACGACGAUUUCGAAGAUCUCUACGGCGACGUGGGCGCGGCAUCCGUCCCCGCGAGCGCCGCCGCCGCUCCCGCAUCCGUGCGAUUGGCGUACGAAUAUGGGCUGGGCGGCGACGACGACCUCGAGGAUGCCGACGACGAGGCGCUGCUCUACGGCUCGUCGCUUGCCGCACCUCCCGCUCCUGCGAUUCCCGUACCCGCGAAAUCCGAGCCUAUCGACCAAAUCGCACCGCCAUCCUCCACCACCACCUUACCUACUCCGGAGCCUCUUAAGCCUAUUGCUAUAGCUCCGUCGAGUCCACCCCCUCCGGCCGCAUCCGCACCCAACGGCCGCGAGGCCGUGCACGCUACGCCGGUAGCAGCAGCAAUCCCUACCCCUCUCACCUCGCCGCCUGUUUCGCCUGCUGCCACUCGUCCGUCGAAUGCCGGAGAAGCUUAUGACGCGGACGGGGGAGCGGCACCCGGUGCUUCGUCGACGCCAUCGGGGAGAGAUGGAUCGCAGGAGCGCGGGCGCGGCGAGGAGGAGCAGGAGGAGGACGAUGAGGACGAGGAGGAUGCAUUUUACAAUCAGCUGUACGGGGGUGCCAAGGAUCGUGCAGACGAAGAGGCGAUGGAGGAGCGGGGUUCGAGCCCCAGUGGCGGCAAAGCAGGCGGCAUUGGCGGGGAAAACCGCGCUGAUGAGGGCGAGCGGGCGGCGUUGGGCGCCGACGCCGAUGGGCCGACCUCGAACUCCCAUGACCGUUUUGCCUCCGCCGCCGCUGACGCUGCUGCUGUAUCGAAUGUGCCUGUAGUGGGAGACGUUGAGCGGCAUGACGAAAAGGAAAAGUUUCUUGGGGGAAUGAAAGCGGAGGGGGAAGAGGAUGCGGAAAUGGGGGAGGCGGAGGAAGGGCGGAAGGAUGCGGGCGCUAGGGCGGAAGGUGGUGUGGCCGCAAAGAGUGCAGGGGGAGGUGGCGCAGGGGGGGUUGGGGUUGGGACCGAGGGAGUGGAGGGGGAGCAGGAGGCAGCAGAGGGGGAGGAGGAGGAGGAGGAAGAGGAAGAGGAUUUGGAGAAGUUUCUAUACAGCGCGGGGGGGGACGGUGAUGGUGGGGGAGUAGGUGGCGGUGUCGUUGGCGGAAAGGAAGGCGCGGAGGGCGAGCAGAGCCUGUAUCCCUUCGCGGAGCUCGAGGCGGAAGAGGCGGAAGAGGCGGGGGAAGAUGCGGGGGAGGAGGCGGAGACGUCAAAAGGCGAGCAGGGGAAGGCAGGGGGCGGAGCAGAGGGGCGAGGCGGGGACGAGCGGGUAGCUAUGGACGUUGAUGGGGAUGCGCGCGAAGGGCUUGGGGGACGGGCCGGGGUGGGGGAGGAGGUGGAGGCGGGGAAGCGCGAGGGAGAGGGGGAGGGGAUGGAAGGGGAAGGGGAAAUGAAGGCGGAAGAGGAAAAGGGGGUUGGGAGCGCAGAAGGGAAGGAGGCGGUAGCGGAUGGGGCGGGCGGAGCAGAGGGAGGGGGGCACGAGGAGGAGGAAGAGGAGGAGGAUGAGGAGAGUGAGGAUGAUGAUGAUGACGAUCUGAUCAUCGUGGCCAAUGACCCGGUGCCACCUGUCGGCGAGUGGGACGAGGGCAUGGGGGAGGAGGGCAUGUACGGGAUGGGCGCAGGGGGGGAAUACGGGGGCAUGCCUGGAGGCGCGGGGGGAGGCCAGGGGGAGGAAGGCGCGGAGGGCGGAGAGGGGGAAGGGAGAGGUGGGGCGGGGGGGCCGGGCACCCCGGCAGUGCAAGGAGGAGGGGGAGCCGGGCGUGGGUACCGAGUGACUCCGCCCUCCAAGGGCCAUUCCCCCAUGGGCAUGGAAGGCGCAGGCCUGGGCGCAACGCCCCCCGGCCCCCCUGGUUCCGCCCCUGGCGCGCUUGCAGCAGGGGGAGGGCCAGAGGGAGCUGGCGGGCAGGGGGGAGGGUGGGCAGGAGGCAUGGGGGGACGUAUGGGCGCAGGAGGCGCAGCAAUGGGGGGAGGGGCGGGGCAGCAGGGGCAGUACCAGCAGCAGGGCGGGCAGGGGGGGAGGCCGCCAGCAGUGUGGCAGCACGGGUCGGGGAGGGGGUAUCACAUAGAGAUCAACCUGCCGCCCACCAAGACGGUGUUUGACCUGGACAUAGACAGUCUGGAGGACAAGCCAUGGCGGCGCCCGGGAGCGGAUGUGAGUGACUACUUCAACUUCGACCUCAACGAGGGGGCAUGGCGCCACUACUGCCACCGCCUGGUAGGGGCAUGGCGCCACUACUGGCACCGCCUGGUGUGUCCCUCCCUUCCCUCGCCUUUUGAGACGUCUCAAAAGUCACCGCCUCGUGUGUCCCUCCCUUCCCUCCCUUCCCUCCCUUCCCUCCCUUCCCUCCCUUCCCUCCCUUCCCUCCCUUCCCUCCCUUCCCUCCCUUCCCUCCCUUCCCUCGCCCUUUCUGGUGCUCUCGCACAGCUGCGGCUGGAGGCGAGCAUGCAGAGCCGCAUUCCCGUGUUUGAGUCGCGCAUGCCCACUGAGGACAUAGACCCAGAGAUGCCGCCCGAGCUGGUGACAGCUGUCACGCACGCCAUGGUCAGCCGCCCGCACGCCGACGCCGUCUUCUUCAUCGAGCGCCGCCCCUCCUGGGAGACCCGCCGCCCGCGUCCCGUGGAUGCUGACGUCAUCAUAGAGGUGCCGGUAGUGGGGCUGGCCAUGGACGCGCCUCCACCACAGCCCCCUCACCCCGCCGCCCAUCUUCUGGCUGCCGCCCCUCAUGCUUUUGCUGACGCGCACAGGGGGAUGGGCGCAGCAGGGGGAGGCGGAGGGGGAGGGGCAGGGGGAGGAUCCGUGGGAGGGGGAGGACCUAGUGGGCAGCAGGGCGCACCUGGGGGAGGGCCAGCCAGCUCAGGUGGCACCCCAGCUGUUUCUUCAGGCGCCGCUGCUGCUGCUGGGCCGCCGUCCCGUGCUGCCUCUGUGGAGGGCGCAUCUGGAGCAGUGGCAGGGGGAGCAGGGGGCGGAGGUGCGGGGGGCCCGCCUGGUGCCCUCCCCCCACCUCCCCCUCUCCCCCGCGGACAGCAUCCCCCCUUUCCCCCCAUGUUCCCUGGGGGACCCGAUGGCAUGGGCAUGGGCGCGGGCAUGGGGCCAGGGAUGGGGGCGGGGAUGGGCAUGGGGGGGAGAGGGAUGGGCAUGGGGCGGGGAGGAGUGGGGGGGUUUGGCAUGGAGGGUGGAGGGAGGGGGCGAGGCAUGGGGCCAGGCGGAGGGCACAUGAUGAGGUCAUAUUGUCUCCCCACAUGUCCCCAUCUCUCCGCAUGUCCCAUCCUCUCCCCAUGCCACUGUCUCCCUACAUGCCCUUCUGACCCCUCUCCCUGCACCCUACCAUUCACCUUCCCCUCCCCCACUUUGCUUCACUGUCCCCUACGCCCUCCCCCAUCCCCCUCCGUUCACCCGCUCACUCCACCCUUGCUCCCCCCGUUUACACCCCCCCCCCACCUCCCCCCCUCCCCCAGGCCCAGUCCGCCCAUGGGCAUGAAGGGGGGAAUGCUCCCCCCGCACAUGCUGUCCCCCCAUGCGCACCCCAUGUUCCUCCGCGGCCCCCCUGGGGGUGCUGGCCCCAUGGGCGGACCCAUGGGCGGAGGCAUGGGCGGAGGCAUGGGGGGAGGUAUGGGGGGAGGGAUGGGGGGCGCAGGGGGACCCAUGGGGGGAGGCGGCAGGCGGGGAGGAUUCGAUAUGGGGGGCGGAGGGGGCUUUUCCGGGGGGAUGGGCAUGCACCGAACCCCCCUUUCCCCCUCCCAUGCUGCCAGCUAUGCGACUGGGGGGGAGAGCAUGGGGGAAGGGGAGGGGCGCGCAGGGGCGAAGUCUAGGCGCCAGGGGAGGGGGAGAGGGGGCCGGGGGGAUAUGGAGGAGGAGGAUGAGGAGGGGGUUGGGGAGGAUGAGGGCAUGGGGAGGAGGAGAGAGGAUAGGAGGAGGGGGCAGAGAGAGUGGGAAGAGGAGGAAGAGAUGGAGAAGGGGAGAGGAAGAGAGGGCGGGAAAGGGCGAGGUUGGGACGAGUAUGGGGGGAAGGAGAGGAAGAGGAGGAGAGUGAGGGGUGAGGAGGGGCAUGAGGAGGCGGAUGAAGAGUGGGAGGAGGAGAGGGGACGGCGUGGGGAAUCGAGGGGGAGGGACGGCAGGGGGGAAAGGGAGUGGGGGAGGGAGAAGGGGGGCCUGUGGGGGGAGAGGGACCGGAGGGGCGGAAGGGGAGGAGAAGGGGAGGGGUAUGGGCGGCGGGGAAGGGGCAUGGGGAGGGAGGAAGGGGGGUUCGGAGAGGGGCCCAUGGGGGGAAGGGAACGGGGGGAGGAGAGGCGGGGGAGGUACAGGGGGGAGGAGGAGGGGCGGAGGCCGGGGGAAAUGGGGUGGCGGAGGGAGGGGCGCGAGGGGGGUGAGGGGGGCCGAGUGUCAGGGUUUGACAAGCGCGGGGGAGACUUUGGGGAGGGGAAAGAGGGGAGGCGGGAGAAGAGAGAAUGGAAAGAGGAGAGAGGGGGGGAUGAGAAGAAGAGGAGGGGAGUGGGGCGGAGGGGAGAGGACGACAAGGGAGGGGAGUUUGGCCGUGCAAAGGGAAUGCGUGGAGGGGGCGAGUGGGAGGAGGAGAGGGAGGAGUGGGAUGGGUGGGGAGAGAGAGGCGCGUCUGUGGAACGGCGGGGGGGACGGCGGGGCGAGGAGGAGGGGAAGAAGGGGAGGCGGGGGGGACGGGAGGAGUGGGAUGAGCGCGGAUGGGAGGAGAAUGUGGGCAGGGGGGAGGAGCAUGCGGGGAAAAGAGGGAAGAGGGAUGGGCGGGAGGGGAGGCAGUGGAGGGAGGACAGGGAUAGUGAAGGAGAGGAGGAGUGGGCGGAGGGGAGGCAUGAGGAGUGUGUGAGGGGGAGGGGCAUGAAGGAGAAACGAGUGAAGGGCAGGAUGGAGGAGGCGAGGGGCGGAGGGGAGGUGGAUGGGGAAGGGAGUUGGGCGUCUGGGGGGAGGGAAGGGCGGAGGGAGGGCGGGAGCAGACGGAGGAGAGGCGGAUCGAGUGAAGGAGGCGAGGAGAUGGAGAGUGCAGGGCGGAGGGGCGCUCAGAGGGGCGAGGGCAGGGGAGAGGAGAGGGCCGCAGAGAGAGGAGAGGGGAAGGGCGCAGGGAGGGGUAAGGGGAAGGGGGUUGCAGCAGAGAGGGAGGAAGGAGGUGAGGGCGAGAGGAGGAGGGGGCGGCGGGAGAAGCAGGAAGAGAAGGAAGGGGACGAGGAGGAUGGGGGGGAGGGUCGAGAGCAGAGCGAGAGAAAGGGGAAAGAUGGGGAGGAGAGAGAAGAAGAGGAGGGUAGAGAGGGUAAGGAACGGGAGGAGAGAGAGGGGGAGGAGGAGGAGGAUGCGGGGGGAGACGCGGUGGACUAUGGCAGCAUGUGGGACGCUGAUGGCGAGGGGGAUGUGGCUCUGCACCCCCUGGAGAGCGGUGGGGGUGAUGGGGGAGAAGGGGCGGAUGGGGGAGGUGGGAAGGGUGAGAGGAGUGAGAGGGGUGAGAAGGAUGAGAGGGGUGGGAGGAAGGGAGAGGGCCCGGACGAUGUGGCAGGGGACAGUGAUGGGGAGGGUGAGAGGGAGCGGGGCAGGGGGGAUGACAUGCGGCGGAAGGAGAGGGGGAGAGAACGGGAGAAUGAGCAAGAGAAGGGCAGGGAACACGAGAAAAAAGGGAGGAAGGGGCGGGAGAGGGAGGAGGCAGCAGCAAGAGAGGCAGAGGAGGAGGGGCGUGGCAACACAGCCAUUGAGCGCCCUCCCACCCCAGUAAGUCCGUGGCAACACAGCCAUUGA